CCGUGACUGGCGUGAUCCUGAGCAUGCAUAUUGAUACAGGAGUGAAAGGACAAUAAAACAGAAGUCGUGUCGUGUGUUGCCGGAAGGUGACCACAUCAACAUACUGAUUCAACUCUCAUGUAGCUUCCGCUACUUACAUAAGUGUCGCAGUUUCAAUACAAUUCUUCUCAGCUUCUGAUGAAUGGAAACGAUGAGAACCUCUUUGUAUGCGGAACAUGCGCAGGUCUCCCAGAGCAGGCGUUCUCGGAUGCAAACGGAAAUGACGCAAAAACCGACCAGUUUGUUGGGAAUUACUUCUGCAAGAAUCCAAGUCGGGCCCACAGUUCCUGGCUUCCUGAUUCCUGGUGGCCGUUCGGCGCAAGCGCUGAGCAGGGAUUCGAUUCGACGGAGAGUGGCGGGAAGGGUGGCUGCAGAACCGCGUUGUUCUCCGCGGCUCCUCGCAAUAUGCGGUCACAGACGGACCUGGAUCACUUCGAGCUGACAGCACACACGGUUUUGCAGACGGGUCAGCUGAUGCUGAACAUGACGGUGAUGCAGCCGUUGUUUUUCUGGGCGGAACUCAAGCAAGCUGUCGAAGAGGAAGUUUCGAGGUCGUUCCCAGGUGCAAGGGGGGCGCGAAGAGAGCAGCAAGCAACAGCGCUACUGCGACAAUCAGCCGAUGUUGAUCUUGCUGUGAGUAACCGAGAUACAACAGGAAGUAGCACCGCUCCAUUGGUUAUUCCCAUUGUGAAUCACGAGCAGCGAGGUCAGGGAUCACAUUUCUCGUUUGGGGGGCUUCCUGGGGAACCCUUUACGUCGCCGUCGUCGUGGACAAGCUUUCUGUUGAACGACCGCCUUUACAACUAUCCGGACGAAACCGAUAAAGAAUUCGUUGAUCGCCGCUUGCAGGAGCUCAAAGCGACGCUGAAGGAGUCGGUUCGUGACUGCCAAAAGGCGCUGAGGCAAGCGUAUAAAGAAGUGUCGGCGUCACUUGAAACCCAUAGUGAGUCUUUGUUCGGGAUGAAUAAAACGCGAACGGAAUGGCGGUCCGAGGAGAAAGACUAUCGCGGCUUUGUCGCGGAUAAUUCGAACAACGUCGUCGGUCGUUUCAUUGACCGGUGGCGAGAUAUUGGCGCUUCAUCUUCUGGUCAAUCCAAGAAUUUUUUCUACAGCCGCAAUGUCGAAACUGCAAACCGGCGCAAGAACGACGAUUCUUUGAGGAAGGCGAUUAUCGGGGUAUUGGGCGCGAGCGCGGUGUGUUUCACAUCCUGGCAGCUGCCGCAAUUGUUGCGGCGCGCGGCGCCGGCGGUCGCGCAGCGGUGGCAAACCUGGAAUGCGAGUCACCUGAUGUGCAGCUCGCGGCACGUGCGCAGUUUUCCACACCUUCUCUACACACCUUUCACAGCUGCUUUGUCCCAUCAGAAGCCCUUGCACUUCCUGUUUAACUGUGGGGCUCUGUACAUUUUUUCCAUGCUGCUCGGUUUCGACAUGAAGGUCUUCCAUCAGGUCGCGGAUAGACUGAACCGCGAGUGCGAGAUUGCGAACAAAAGCGAUGUCGACAAAUCCCCGCCCGCCCUCAGCCGACUCAACUUCUCCCAGCCAACCACCGCGGGCAUAGAGUAUACAAAAUUUGUUCUGGCGACGGGCUCUCUGUCCAUUCUAGCGCAUUGCCUCUCCGGUGCCCAGCGCGGAGUCCUCGGUGUGAGCGGUACCUUGAUGGCCAUGGUGACUUUGGCGGGCUGCAUAGAGCCGGAGCGAAGGCUGCAAAUGGUGUUUCCGGUGCCCGGCGCGUCCGUGUCCCUGUCGCAAAUUUCCGAUGUGAAUAUGGUCGUAAAUGGAGGGCUCGCGUUGUAUUUCCUUCUGGCCCCCCUUCUCAGGAGAGGACUACGAUUCCCCUUCUCGUCGUCGGGCGGUUUUUACUCUUGGAAUUACCGGGUCGCGCAGCGGGGCGGAAGCUUCGGAAACGCAUCGACCUCAGCUCUGGAGCAGGAGCCUCAGGUGGCCUGGCUGGCACACGCCGCGGGCAUUGGACUUGGAUUUGGCUACUACCACUAUAUUCACGAGCGACUGCGACUGUGGCCGUCGAAUGUAGGUUUUUCGACCACACAUACUGUAGAGUACAUGAAAUACGAUUGGACACGAACGUACGAAGAUUUCAAACAGAAAUUCGACUUUGAAAGUCGAAGGCGGUUUUGAGAUGCUAACAGUUCUUGUGUGCAUCGAUCAACUGAAAAUACAUGACUUACAUACGUUUGAUUGUCGCAGAAGUGCACAUGGGUGUCUUCAAAGAUUGAU